AUGGAUUCAAGAAAGAAAGCUAUUGAGAACCCGAAAAGGAAGUCCAUGGAGGAAUCACUCAAGAAGGGAUUUCAAGACCUGAAGAAAUUCACCAAGAAAAAGGCAAUAAAAGAGAAAAUGCCACUAGAGUCUGAUUUUGCAACACCAGAGGAGUCCUAUGAGGAAGAGACCAGCCAUACAUCCUUACUUGUUUCUUCCCCUGUUUCCAGUGAUAACCAGGACUCCAUGCACUCACAGAAGAAGUCUGCGUCUACCUCACCUGAGAAGUUGCCUGAAAAAUGCUCUUCGGUGUUAGACGAAGCCUUAGAAAAAAUGCCUAUAACCACUCUGAAGUUGCACAAGGAAGUUUUACAUGCUACUGAAGUUAGAUUUAAGAGCCACAUUGUCAAGAAGACAAUUGUGUGUGAAGCAAAUGUUAGGUUAGAAGAUUUUGAUGAAUUCCAUGCAAUGAUGAAGGAAAGGAAUUGGUUAGGAACUGUCACUAGUUUGAUUGCCUCUGUCCAAACUCUUGUUCAAGAGUUUUAUGCCAAUUUUGGCUUAGAUAAUGUUGAACCAAAUUCAAAUGAACACAAUGAUAGAGUCUAUGUUAGAAGACAUUGGAUCCUGUUUACAAAGGAAGUUGUUAGGGAUGCUCUUGGUUUGAAGAAGAUCAAAAAGAAGUUUGAUUUAAAGAGUUUAGACUUAGACAAAAUUGUCAAAGUGAUAACUGGUGGUUCAAUUGUUGUUUGGCCGAGAACUGGUGUUCUUCAGCCUGGUGUGCUCACACUGUUUUACAGACUAUUGUUUAAAAUGUCACUGACAAAUUGGUCUCCUUCCAUGUACAAUUCAACUGUCAUUUCCACUUACAAGCCUAAAUCCUAUGAAGUGGAACUUGUUUUGAAAAUAAAAACUAUCAUCAAGAAGUCUUUUGGACAGCCUACAGGGAACUUGCCCUCAUCUUUCUUGAUUGAUCAAUCAAGGACUAGCACUUGGCAGUCCAAGCUUUUUGUUACCAUGCAAGACUUGGAAACUUCAAUGGAGUCUGUGCUUCAAUAUGUGGAGGAAAUUCACAUUUCUCUCUGUUCUCAAAUGGACAAAAUGGAGGCUAAUCUGAAGAAAAAGCAAAAGAAGAAAAAGAAUGUGGUACCUCCAGUUGCUCCUACUGUCAUUCCUACUCCUGCCAUGCCUACUGAAGAUGUUGGUCCUGAGAUUCAAGUUGAAAAAGAACAAGCAAUUGAUGAAGAUGAGAAAGACACUGCUGAUAAGGAAGAAGAAAAAGCUAGUAAUGAGGAUGACCAAGAACCUGCUGAUGAAGAAGAUAAAGCCCUUGAAAAUGUAGUUGCUUAA